AUGGCCUCCAAGCAGCCCGACCGCCGGCUUAUACACAAAGAUCGCUUUGGCUAUGUAUUCGGCAACUUGAAGACACAGAAUUACCAAGAUCCCGUUGCGCGCGGGCCUGGUUCGCACACUAUUCGAACACUCGCCUGGAACCCAACUGGCACCCUCAUAGCAACCGGGUCUGCAAACCGCACGCUCCGAAUCUGGAACCCGGAGCGCGCAAACGCGCGCUACUCAACCGAACUGCGCGGCCACACAGCCGGCAUCGAAAAAGUGAUCUUUAACCCGGUGCGCGACGCCGAGCUCGCGAGUUGCUCUAGCGAUGGUACGGUGAGAUUUUGGGACGUGCGCUCAAAAACGUGUGUGAGUAAAUUGGAUGUUGGCGGGGAGGCGUUCACGUUGUCGUGGUCGGCGGAUGGAAGGGUUGUUGUAGUGGGCAGGAAGGAUGAUACACUCGUUCCUGUUUCGGUGGAGAGCUUGUCGACGCCAGCAGUAAGCAACGGGGCAAGUUCUUCUUCGGUGGGAGAGCAGAAAGCGGCGUCGACGUAUACGAUAUUACCGUCUCACCCGCAAAAUACGCAGACAAAUGCGACUACGUUCUCAUAUCAUAUACCCACCUCCUCCGCACCGGACCUCGAUUUCCUCGCGACUACAGGUGACGGCACAGUUCGAAUAUUUUCGUAUCCUUCUUUCAAUCUCCAACACACUUUGAACGCACACAGUUCAGCCUGUUUAGCACUCGCACUCGCACCUACAGGUCGUUACUUGGCCGUCGGAGGUAGUGACGCCUUGAUAUCGCUCUGGGAUACGACGGACUGGGUCUGUCGACGCACCGUAUCAAGUGAAGGCGGCGGCACAAUCCGGGGCGUAAGUUGGAGUUUCGAUGGCAGGUUCCUGUGCGGCUCGAGCGAAGAAGUUGGUCCUAACGGGCUGGAGAUCUUUCAUGCUGAGACAGGGGAUAGUGUGCAUAAAAUUGCGGCAAGUGCGGGUGUGCCUGCGGUUGCGUGGCAUCCGACGAGGUAUUGGCUGGCAUAUUCGCUCAUGGCGGAGGGGAGUAAUGCGGGUGGAUUGAGGAUUGUGGGUGCUGCUGGGGGCGGAUUAUGA